AUGUAUCAACUGCUCUUGGUGCCCAUAAGAAUCGAGUCUUCUGGGUCAACGAUCAUGCAAACGCUUGCUGGCCUUGCCUUAGAUUCCAAGUCCCGCACAUCGUCGGCCAGUAUCCAGAAGGUGAUCAACGCAUUCCUCACUCUUAAUAUCAUCCAGAUGAUCGGCGUCUUCUCAAUGAUGAAAUUCGAUCAAUUCCGCCAACAGCUGCUGGUGGAGCAGCUUCCCCAGUACGAGCAGUACGAGGCAUUACCUGAGGACGACAACGUGGAGCCAAACUCAUUGGAAGUCUCGCAGGAGCUGCAGCCUCUAGAUUCACGACGCCCAAAGCGUUCUCACGAUAUGAUCGUGUCUCCUGCCGAGAGGGCGAGAGGGAAGGUGUUCUUCGUUACAUCGGCCCUUCUAAUUGCUGGGACAUGGUUACUAUUUAUGACUUCUGCAGGGAUUGAGUUUUGGUCUGCUAAAACAUAG